CUUGAGGUUACCUCUGCUUGUUUGGCAACUUCGACUUUUGCUUCACUUGCACAGAAAGUGAGGAUAAUGCAUCACCUCUCAUGACUUCAUGAAUGACCAUCAAACAGACAUGAUCAGUCUGUAGCCUCUCUUUUUUGCCAUCACGAGAAACAUCAACCUCGGCUAUAUAGCUGCGCCCUAUCGACACCCUGGGUUAUUUUCUUUUUCCAAUUUUAGCUCCAGUAUCACCGGCAUCACAUCAAUUAAGCAACUACGACAGCAACAUCGCAUCUACAUAAGCAGCAAACAGCGACAGCGACAAGACCAGCACAGUUCGAGCACAGUUCGAGCACAUUUCCAGCCAUCAACCGAAACCGAAAAGAAGAAGAAGAAGAAGCAAAAACCACUACAACUCCCAACAGCUAUCAGCUAUAACCCCAAAAACGCCACCCGCCAAAAUGCCCGACUGCGCUCACAAGACCUCCGGCAACUCGUGCGGCUGCACCUCCACCGCGCCAGCCGGCCAGAGCCUCUGCGCCUGGUGUCGCGACGGACACAAGACCAUUGUAAAGAACAACGCGAACAGCGCCAAUGAUGAGGACCAGGACCAGAAUGACGGGAAUGUUGGGCCGGAGUUUUGUCGCUCGGGGUGUGGUUUCAAGUACUGAGAGAUUCAGGGUUUAUGAUGAACCUUGAGGUCGUGAAUUGGAAGAUGGGGUCCGGGCCCUGAUGAAUGGGAGAUGCUCUGACGGGGACGAAACAUGGAGAGAAAGAGAGAGAGAAGGAAGUAUGGCGGACUUGAGGCGGGAAAGGGAAGGAGGCAAAGCGGAAUGGGGAUAAAGUCGAGAAGUUGAAUGUAAGAAUAGAAGGAGGAAAGAGACUGAGUGCAAGACGGAGGAAAGGCAAAAGGGAAAUAGAGAAAAAGAACGGGCGGGAUCAAAAGGGUCAUUUCCAUGGUAGAGGUACACAGCAGCAUUUUAAGAAGGAAGGAAUACAGUGAGCGAUCCGUUAC